AUGGAUCAUGAUGGUAGGAUUAGGAAGAUAGAGAACAGUUUUACAAAGAAAAAGAAGAAAUCUAAGAAGAUAAGUGAAUCUUCCAUCCCCGAGACAGCAGCUGAGCUUACUAGAGGCAACUCUGCUUCCAAUGUCACUAAGGCAACUUCUUCUAGUCAUGCUAAUCGAGCUACUAAUGAUAGUGGGUGGUCAUUUUCUGGUUUUAUAUUUAUGUGUAAUGGAAAGACCAAACCUGAAUGUUAUCAGAAUCGUGUUUUUGGGAUGCCACUGCCAAAAGAAGAAGUUGUAAAGACGAUCAAACAGGGUACACAUCUGUUUUUAUAUGACUUUGACUUGAAGCUCCUUUAUGGCACAUAUGAGGCAACAUCAGAUGGAGCAUUAGAUUUGGAGCCAAUUGCGUUCAAGGGAAAAUUUCCUGCACAGGUCAGGUUUAAGAUUUCCAAGGAUUGUUUACCGCUUCACGAAAGUUCCUUUAGAGCAGCCAUAAGAGACAAUUACCAGGGUGGUAAGUUUAAACAAGAGCUGAAUAAAAAACAGGUGCGUGCUCUAUACUCUAUGUUCCGCCCAAUCAAAGCGUCAAUUCCUACUUCUGCUGCCCAUCACCAAGAUGUGGCAAGAAUAGGCUCAUAUCAAUCUCCUAUUGGGGAAGAAGGAUUUUAUCCAACAGCAAGCCCGUGUCUACAAGAGAGCUUAUAUUUAUCUAGUGUACAACGCACUCAUGGAUUGCCACUUCUUCGUAUGCAAUCUAAACAGGUUGUCCCAUAUCCACAGUAUGAUAAAUAUGAAGCGGAAGAGUAUGUGGCUCAUGUUCAGCCUCCCAUAGAGCCUUGGCAUGUUGUUCAGCAUCAUGCAGAUUCGUAUUCUCUAGCAGCCGCCCAUCAGCCAUAUGUGCCUGAGAAGUCUUUCCUGUCCUCCCAUGAUGCACAUAGAAGGCAAGGGGUCACGCAUUCACAGGAGAUGGUUCCUAGGGAUCAAGUUAUUUCAUAUGGAAGCGUGUAUCACUUGUCACAGUUGCUGAAGGAGAGAGAAAGAGACAUUGUCUCCCAUUCUGAUUAUAUUGCGGAAACAUAUAGUCGACAGUUGCCAACUCUUGCAGCGUCACAGUUUAGGUCACAAUCAGAUUCUGCGGCAUCAUCUUAUGAGUUACCGCCAACUUACCAACCGUAUUAUCAAGCAACGACCCAUCACGAUCAGAACCGGGUGGAUCAUGAUCCUCUUGAGAGACCAUUACAUGGAAGCUCUAAUGUGACAGAUAUGCCAAUCUAUUCUCACUUGUCUUCCACCGGAGCUACGCGCUACUACUGAAUGAAACUUAGGCUUGCAAGUUCUUUUUCAAGUCAUACUGCUGUGGUUGUCAUUGUUCUAUUGCCAAAUCCCGGUUUGAACUCAUUGUGAGAUCAUCAUACAUAAUCGUUUUUGUUCCUGCCAGCAGUCUAUCAAUUUCUUUUAUAUUAGGGAAGCUGGUGCCCCAUUUUCAUCGUGUGCAGACAUCAGUCCUUUAGAUAUGUUUCUGGUGCAAUGCAGAGCUUGAAGCAACCAAUCAAGUUGGAAGAAUCCGACUCAGACUAGUUCACUUAGGAAACUCUGUAUAUACAUAACUUGAUCGCUUCUGCAGGAUUAGAUCUACCUUGUAUGAUUACCAUAAAUGCAUAAAUUCUUUUGCUAUUUGUUCGAGAACAG